CGGCGCUGCGGGAGGGGCGGGCUGAGGGGGGGCAGGAAGGGGUUUCUGCCUCUUUCCCGUAUUUAUUCCUUGCCCCUCCCUUGGUUUGGUGUGUUCCCCCUCGGGCGUCUCUGCGCGUGUGCGGCGGGGCCUGAGGCGGGGCCGAGGCCUCCCCGCUUCGCCUGCCCACCCUUUCGCCCGUGGGGGGCGGAGGGCGCCAGGCCCCGCUCCUUCCCCUCCGCGCGACGAGGGACUUGGUGUGGGAGGAAGAGGAGCCAUGGCUGACCGAGGCGCCUCGGCGCUCCCGGAGUCCGGCUGGUACCUGUCAGAUGAAGGAAUUGAAGCCUGCACAAAUUCAUCUGACAAAGUCAACAUAAACGACAUUAUUCUGAUUGCACUUAAUACAGAUUUAAGAGCUAUUGGGAAGAAGUUCCUCCCAAGUGACAUCAAUGGCGGAAAGGUGGAAAAGCUAGAAGGUCCAUGUGUUCUACAAGUCCAGAAAGUACGCAAUAUAGCUGCACCAAAGGAUAAUGAAGAAUCUCAGGCUGCUCCAAGAAUGCUGCGUUUGCAGAUGACUGAUGGACACACAAGCUGCACUGCAAUAGAAUAUAAUUAUAUGUCCAAAAUAAGUCUGAACACUCCUCCUGGAACGAAAAUUAAACUGCUGGGAAUUGUGGAAGUGAAAAAUGGCAUCCUCCUUCUGGAUGACAGCAACACAGUGAUUCUUGGCGGUGAAGUGGACCAUCUAAUAGAAAAGUGGGAGUUUCAAAGGAGCUUAUCGAAACACAACAGAAGUAACAUAGGAACGGAAGGUGGACCUCCUCCCUUUGUGCCUUUUGGGCAGAAGUGUGUAUCUCAGCUGCAAGUGGACAGCAGGGAGCUUGACCGGAGAAAAACUCUGCAAGUGACAAGCACAGCGAAACCUGUCGGGGACAAUGAUGAGUUUGAAAAACAGCGAACAGCUGCUAUUGCAGAAGUAGCGAAAAGCAAAGAGACUAAAACAUUUGGAGGAGGUGGCAGUACUAGAAGCAAUCUCAGUGUGAGUGCAGGAGGGAAUCGAAUCAGGGAAGUGUUCCAAAAAGAGAAGAUGAAGCCUGAGGGGAAAAAUGAAGGUGUCUAUCGAGAACUGGUUGAUGAAAAGGCUCUCAAACACAUAACAGAAAUGGGUUUCAGUAAGGAAGCAGCAAGGCAAGCGCUUAUGGAUAACAGCAACAACCUUGAAGCUGCAUUGAACAUCCUUCUAAACAGCAAUAAACAAAUGACUGUACAAGGGCCACCUCCUAGAGGGAAGGGGAAAGGCAGAGGCCGAAUACGACCUGAAGAUGAGGAAGAACUAGGAAAUGCCAGGCCAUCGGCUCCAAGCACACUGUUUGACUUCCUGGAGUCUAAAAUGGGUACUCUUGCAGUAGAAGAACCAAAGUUACAGACGCAUCAGGGGCAGCACAGAGUGAUGAAUACUGAGCAAAAUGGCGUAAAAGUCUAUAGUCAGCAAAGGCAUGUUCCUCGAAAUGACACUAGGCAGCCAAGGAAUGAGAAGCCACCUCGUUUUCAGCGAGACAGUCAAAAUUUGAGGCACGUCAUGGACGGGAGUGUAUUAAUGAGAACCAGAGCUUCCGAAAGGCAAAAUCCUUCGGGCCCUGAACAAUGGAUUGAAGAGAGAAAUAGGUGUGAUAGACUUUAUGCUCGAAAGGAUACUGCCUAUCCCACAGCUGUUCACCCUGGUGACUUUCAUUUCAAGCGGGACAUCCCAGCGCAAAGCAGACAAGGGAAAGUUGCAUCACCCAUGGAAAUGAAAGAGAAUUCUGCUGCUCAAGAUGCGCCUGACAACAAUAAUCAGAAACAGGGAAGUAGGGAAAACCAGAUACACCAUCCUGACAAUUUCUAUGAUAGGAAAACACUAAUGUUAACAAAUGAAACUUUAAGUGGCUUAAAAAAUGAGCAGCACUUUGGUAUGAACGUAGAUUAUCAAAACCCUGUUAGAACUGAUCGUUUUAGUUCUGUACCAAAUGGCGAUGUGGAACAUUUUCAGAAAGGAAGGAGAGUUGGACCUAUUAAACUGCCUGCGCCCAACAUGGCCACAACAUUUGAUGUAAAAAUGUACUAUGAUACUGGGCCCAAAAAGAGAUCUGGGCCCAUCAAACCAGAAAAAAUGGUGGAACCAUCUACUUCAAGAGAGUAUGGGAAAAGCUGGCAACCAGGGGAUGAAUGUUUUGCCCUUUACUGGGAAGAUAACAAGUUUUAUCGAGCAGAAAUUGAAGCUCUUCAUUCCUCUGGGACAACGGCAGUUGUUAAGUUCUGUGAUUAUGGAAACUAUGAAGAGGUGUUACUAAGCAACAUCAGACCCAUUCAAGCUGACACCUGGAACACUUCACUUCAACAUGUCUGCCAAGGCGCUCUUGUGCAUUGCAGAGGAUUCUCAAGCAAAUUUUUGGUUGCACACGAACUUCACAAGAGGCACUGGUUAGGCCUGAUGAGCUGAGUGUGCCUUAGAACAAAUACAGUGGUACCUCGGUUCCAGAAGUCUGUACUUAACCUGAAGCGUACUUAACCUGAAGCAAACUUUCCCAUUGAAAGUAAUGGAAAGUGGAUUAAUCUGUUCCAGACAGGUCCGCGGAGUACUCAACCUGAAGCGUACUUAACCCGAGUGUAAUUGGUUCUGGAAGUCCGUACUUAACCUGAAGUGAACUUUCCCAUUGAAAGUAAUGGAAAGGUGGAUUAAUCCGUUCCAGACAGGUCCGCGGAGUACUUAAACUGAAAAUACUCAAACCGAGGUGUACUUAAACCGAGGUAUGACUGUACACCAAACAUUUGAAAGUUAGUUAUGUUUCAUCCAGACAUUUGUUCUGUUGUCAGCCUUUUAGUCAUCAUAGAAAUCUGAAUAUUAAGUAAUACUACUGCAUAUCUGAAGUCUCUUUCCAAAUUCACACACUUUAGUUUUAGCUUAUUGGUAGUAUGCUGGCAACCACCAGUAAAAUAAGACAGUGAAUUGGCAUGAAUGCUCUAGGUAAGGGCACAUAGCCUUGUCCACAUGAGCAAAGCUGUACUCUAUGUAUAUAAGGAUAAGUGCUUCUGUAUCCAUCCCACAAAGGUGACCAAUCUGAGAGUGACUUCUCUUAUCAGGGUAUCUGGACCAUCUGUGUUACACUAGAGAGGGAGGGGUAAGGAGAAUUUUGCUACCCACAAGGUGAAGAUUAUGUGUUGUAAGAUGAUCAUCUGUAAGGCUCCUAUUUGUAAUAGGAAGAAAGUGAAACAUUGGAAAACAGUGCAUAUGCAAUUGCUGUGUGCUGGUUAGCAGGAACACAGUGCCCAACCUUUGUGUUGUGUUUUGAAUCUCUCUCUCACACACACAGGAAAAUCACUCUCCAUGCCAUGAACUCAAAUUGGGUUAGAAACCUUGUUAUCAAAUAAGUAGUGAGCUGUUAUAGGGGCCUAUACUGCUGUUUACAUGCUGCUCUUGAAGUUUCUUAACAAGUGCUACAUGUCAGUUUAGAGGUGGAUGGGGAAAAGGCUUUUAGCAUAAACUAAUAAAACUUUCUUUGAUUUAAAUGUACUUCCUGUAUUAGCAGUGAAAUGUGAUUCUUGCCUUCAUUUACAAGUAGUUUCCAUAGUAGCUCUGAAAAGUGACUUUGAAACAGUUCUAAAAACCCGUUUUCUGUUGAUUUUACUGCAAUGAAACUAGUGCCAUGGGUGAAAACCAUACAAAGUGACAGAAGGGUAUAUAUGAUUUUUGAAUAAUAAAAACUUACUUCUACUCACUAGGAACGGUUGACAUAAAAAUGUGUGUUCAUUUGGGAUGCUGAUCUGCUGGCUGGUCAACACACCACCUAUAUUUGAUUGAAGUCAAAUAUUCCACGAAGUCAAAAAUAUUAUUGGGUAAACAGUAGCCAGUCUCUUUUUGAUCAUGAUAUCAUCCAGUAGCCUUGGUAGGAGAGGGAGGCCCAUUUCUCCUCAAUGCUGCUGGAGACAGGAUUAAUUUUUCUCACAUGCAUGCAUGCAUACACUAUAUAUUAGGAGCAGACUUCUUUACCUUACAACUCCACAAAACAGCAUAUUUCUUUCCAGUUAAGCCAUUUGGUCUGGCUUUUUCUAUCCAUGUGCUGUAACUUUGUGGAAUUUGUGGAAAGGCUUCAGAUAAUUAAAAUAGGAUUGUCUGUCUUUUCAGAAGUCUUAAUAGCAAUAAUCAUAAAUGAUAAGCAGCAGUUAUUGGUGAAAUCAUCUGGUUUGAUGAAGUCAGAUGCACUCCUGUGCCAUUCAGGGAUGACUUUAUGGAUUAUGUGACAUCAGUUCAUUAGUUUUAUAUGGGCCAGUUCCUGUGUUAUGUCUUGUGAAGUGCUGCUUGUACAUCUUAGCAUUUAUAACUUUGAAGUGAAUAGCUGAAUGGAAGCAGCACUCACACAGCAUUCUGAAAGAGAUUAGCAUGGCUGCAGCUCAUCUGUUGGUCUGUCACAGAGGUGGGGAACUAGAUCUGGCCAGUGGGCUGAAUCCAUAUAGACCCCAUGGACCAAGUUUAUCACAAUGACAUACAGUGACCUAUUUUUGCUUGUGCAGAUAAUCAUCAGAUUAUCAUGGAUGGCAGAGCUCUACACCCAGUGCUUUGUAACCCCUGAUGAUCAACUGAUUGGCAGUGUAGCCAUGCCUUUAUCUGCCCCACACCUGAUGUUAUAUGUGAUGCCAGGUGCAGAGUUUAUGGGCAUGGUUUGGUCAUGGCUUGGAGCCAGUUAAGCCUCAGGCUGGAGAUUCUCCACCCCAGUCUAUCAUGUGCUUCUUUCAUAGUGGAAGGAGUCCUUGGGACUCAGAUACACCAUUUUUUAUGUGUAUGCUUGAAAGUGUAUAGUGUGGAACCAAAACAACAACAACAACAACAUUUGUGAGUGAAGAUAUAUAGCUACACUUGUCAGAAAUAUGUGAUUUGCUGUGGCUUUUUGUUUAAUUUGCACUUGAUGAAAAUCCCUAUGUGUGCUCUUAUGUGAUGUGUUAAAUGACCUUCUGAAUGUAACUGGGGCAGAGAUGCAUUGAAACCACAUCAGUGGUGGUAAAACAACCACCACUUACAUUCAGCUAAGACAUCCCAUUAGUGCAAGGGUGUUAGCCUGCGCGCAGUGGGACUUCACUUCUUGUGUCUCUCCUAUCUGCUGUAGAAUGUUGGCAGAACCCUCAGAACAAACUGUGGAGGGGAGGGAAGACAUUUUGGGACAGGAGAGGAAGUCCCAUUCUGCAGGCAGAAGUUAUUGCAUUAGUGGGACAACAUUGUCAGAUACAACCCUUGUUUUUUUAUUGCUGCAUCUGAAAUGGAGGCUUAGGGGAAGGCUGGAAGAGAACACGACAAGGACAUAACAUGACAAUUAUCAAAAAUUAAGGGCAAACUAUGGAACCAACAAUCUGGAUUUUUGCACUGAAUAGUCUUUGAAUUCUGCCAAGCCAGUAUUUUGUAAGCAGGCAGGCUUGGGUAAAUUAUGGGAAUAUGCAGGAUUUUGGACACUUAGAAAAGUAAAAUUUCCAUCAACUUCAGUGUCACAGAGGAAUGAAAUGUUCCCUCUCCCAUUUGGGUGGGCGGGUGGAUAGAAUGAAAGAUAAAUUUUGGGAGAAAGUAGAAUAUUUACUAUGCUUUUUAUCAUUUCCUUGUGAGUUUCUACUUCUACGAUUUGAGAGAGUUUCCAGGACCUACAGUUGGCAAUGAGGAACCGCUGCCAAAUGCCCCAAUUAGACCCACCAGGCCAUGUUGACAUAGCCACAGUUGCCUGCUAUUCAUCUGCUUACAAUACAUCAGGAAUGGAACAGUUAAAGUCAUGGUUGCAAAGGAACAAUCAGAAGCCUUAGAGUGGUUCUCGGUUGUUUUGUUGCAGCCCUGGCUGCAGUUUACAUUUGGCAUUGAAUGCAACCCUGCUUCUUUAGGGUACAACCACAGCUGCCUUAUAAAAGUUGAUUGAUAGUUGGACAGCCCCACCCACCUGUCAAACGUGGAGGGCUGCAUUUUGAUCUGGCCCAUCCAAUGGAAGUGGUUCCCCUACCCUAUGGAAUUGUAAGGGUCUUUGUUGUUGGCAUCUGUCUGUCUCAAGAGGCAAUGAAGUGCAGCACGGAAGUGACAUCCCUGGGGCACAAGCCUGGGCAGUGUGUAAGGAGGUCCUGGGCUGCCCAGACAGGAUCCCGCCCCCUUCAGCCUCACUGAUGUGGCCUAGAGGAAAGUGGAGCAAUACUGUAUGUUUGGCACCAGCUUGGUAGACUGUAAGUCUAGAAAUUACGCUGCAGUUGACUGCAGCUGAGCCACAUCUAUUUUUAAAAUCAAAACAGAUGGGGCGAGAACUGGUCUGAAGGUGAGCUUAAGGUGUUCUGCAAGCAGCUCCACAGACCUAAUCCCAUGCUGUCUAGAGGCUUAGCACAGGAAUUUUACCAUUGGGGGGGUGGGACAACACUGUAAGGUUUUGUUGGUGCUCACUUGCCAUCUCUAAACUUAGAGUGAUAAAGAGAGAAACAGUUUUCCUUAGCUUUGCACAUAAAGUGAUACUGUUAGGAAAAUACUUGAGAAUUAAAAAUUAGUAAUUUAAAGGAUUUCCAGUAUUGGAGAUGGAGCAAGCAGCAGCUGCACUGAAGGUAGUCAGGCCUAUUUCAGUUUUGCCAGUUGAGAAUAUAGUAAAAAAAUAGAGUUGAAAUAAAAGGCCUUAAUACCAUCUUGGCUUGGGAACAGGCUCCCUUCAUGCCCCAGAAACAGAAGAAAUGAAACCUGUUAACUGGAGGCAACAGUGAUCUAGCCACAUACACCAUAAGCACUUUUUCCCCCCACAGAGGGUUGAAAUUACUUUGGAAAAGUCUGUUCCCUGGCCUCAACUGAUCACAUUAUUAAGGACCAUUAGUACAUCCAGACACUUGAGUUAGCUUGAUGAUACUGAAGUACUCAGCAGUGUAUCAUCAUUAUAAAAUUCCACAGUAACUAAACAGAGUUAGCCACAAGAAACUCAGGUCAUUUUAAAAACUAAAAGUACAACCCUCAAGUUUCUCUCUCAGAGUAUUUCUGAAAGAUCAAUAGCUUCUGAUUCUGGACUUGCAUUUUUAUCUUCAUGAACCUAAGGAAAGUGAAUAUUUACUGAGGCUGAAAAAAGCUUUUUGUUAUGCAUGUUAGCUUGUUUUUUCUUUUAAAAUGGUAUGCAUAUUUUGAAACAGCUAUUUGUUUCGUGUGACAAUAGGAAUAUGAAGGUUGACAAGAUUUGAAUUUAACACCACUAGAGUAAAUGGAAUAGAUUGCCUUAUACCGUGUUUCCCCUUUUUUAAGACGUAGUCAUUAUAUAAGCCAUAGCAGGAUUUCUAAGCAAUUGCGCGAUACAAGCCAUACCCCGAAAAUAAGACAUACUGAUAGACCCUUCACCCACUAGCAAUAACCCCCCUCCUGCCAGCCAACUCCCCCCUUAAAAAUCUCUCCCCAUUUUGCUGUCGCUCCACAGACACGUAUUUCCUUUAAAAGCUUGUAAAAAUGCACCGAACAGCCGUAGCUGCUGGCUGCCGAAGCCUUGUGAUUUCCCUUCCCCGUUUCUGAGAGCAUUUUUUUAAAUAAAAAGAUCCAAAAAUAAUUUUUUUAGCCAAGCUGUGUAAGCUCUACUUGGUGAAGGGGAGAAAAGUGGGGUGGGGAGGAGAUGAAGGCACGAGGAAGAAAAGAGGGGCGAUUGAAGAAUGCAAAGGCUGUUUUCCCUUUUAGGGAGAGACCUCCGUGCGCGCGUCUGUCUCUCUCCCCCCCCCUGCGUGUCUCUCUCUCUCUCUCUCUCUCUCUCUCUCUCUCUCUCUCUCUCUCUCUCUCUCUCUCUCACACACACACACACACACACACACACAGCCCACCUCUCGCUUCCCCCCACCUUUCCCUAAAUUCCCUUCCAUUCAAUGCACGUUGAUUUCCUCUUAACGGGAAUCUCCCGUGUCUGAUUGUUGUCUCAUUGCUUUUACCGGGCAUAAAGCAGCCUUUUAAAAAUCCUGCUGCAGUUUUCUUUCUACCUUAUGCUGCUUGGUUGUCUGUGGAGCUGCCCCUUUAAGGAUUUGUAAGUAGUCUGGAUCGCAGUCCUUGCCUUGGGGACUUUUAUUUAUUUAUUAAGGACUUUUUCCUUCGCUGUUUGCGAGCUGCUAAAAGGAGCUGCUAAACGCUGCUUUACACAAAAGUUAAACUGCCGGUCCUAACAACACGUGCUUCCUCACCUCGCUGGCUCAAUUGCUUCUCAAUUGCUACCAUUUACCAAGUCAGCAAUCUUAAUUGCUGCUUAGCUGGCUUCUUUGUUCUCAGCAGGUAGCUUCUUUGCUAUCAGUGAUAGCACUGCAAAGUGCUAUGUUGUUGGAACUUCAGACAGUCUUGCAGUCUUGGGCAGCUGGCUGGUAGAGAUCCUUACUUGCUUUAGGUAUAGGCUACUGCUAGGACUGUAUCACACAGAUAGAUUCCAUUAUACUGGUUUAGAUUUAAGAAGCUCCAGUGUAGCAGAUUGCUAUUAAGUGAGUCCCCACCUUGGAGGAGAGAGAGAGCAGCCCUUCGCGAACAUCCCAGGGCCGGGGAGAGAGGGCUGCACCAGGGACGCACACACCUCCCUUCCCUCAGACUCGUAAUAAAAAUACCGGUACCAGUAAGACAUCCCACCAAAAAUAAGCCACCCUGUGGUUUUUUGAGAAAAAAAAGUAAUAAGACGGUGUCUUAAAAAGGGGGAAACACGGUAGAUUGUCUUAAAUGGUGACUAGAAAACAUUUUGGGGGCAUAAUCAGCAAUUAAUAGUAUUUUUUUAAAAAAAACACACCUUUGCUUCCUUUAAAAAUUAGAAAGCAUUUCAUCACAUAUUUUUUUCAAUGUUUACCCAGAUUUACCAACCACAUACUCCUAAUGCACAAAACACACGUGCAGUACAUGUUGUGCAUGAACACAUAUUCUAUAUAUUUUUCUGGGCUUUCUCUACUAGGCAGCAGUUGGGGGUGAGAGAUGUAGCAGUGCAGCAUAUAAAUAAAGGAAUUUGAACAAAAUAUCUCAUUAUUUUCCGUAUUUGUGCUUCACUUCAUCCCACAACACUCCCCAGUACAAAGACAUAUUAUCCAAUGUUAUAUAGGCUGGCUGUUGGGACCUGACACAUUGAUUCAAAAAGGGUUCAUUUUUUUCAGGUGGAAGGUAUUCCAUUCUGAAAGCUGUUUAAUUUUGGAGUCUGUUAUGAGCAUAGACUCCCAAUCUUGUCAAAUAACACUUGGUAUAGGCAUAUGCUGUGAACACCCUGAAGUCAGAAUUAGUCUAGCAAGCAAAACAAGAUGGUUUAUUUGAUUGAAUUCCUUUAAGUAUAAAUUAUACAUCCUUUCUAGCUUUCAGUUCUGUUUUCUUUUCAGAGAGAUCUAAAAAAAUUCAGUAACUUUAUGCUUUUGAAAGCAUACUUGUUUUAAUCUAAGACAAUGGGAGAAGAGUUUAUUGAAUUUUGAAUUGGAGCCUUUUCUAACUUGUUGACUACAUAAUAACUGAACCACAUUUGGAUGUCAGGCUGAACUGUGUUUUAGCAUGUGGUGAAUAGUCCUAGAUUUAUCCAGCGUUUGCACUCUUCUCUCCUAUCAUCCCAUACAUUCAAGAGGAGAAAUUCUGAAACUUCCGAAACAAAAACCGAAAGCAGGAGCUUUCAAACAAAUCUCAGCCUUGUAGGAAGGAGAAGGGAAGGCAAGAGGAGCAGGUUGACUUAGGAGGAGGCUAAGCCCUUUCACAGUGUGUUAAACUCUGGUUUAGCAUGACAUUCAAAUGCAGCCCAGUAUCUUGGCGACUUGAUAUUAUUCAGGUCAAAAGAACUGUUGUGGAGAAAAAUAUUGUUCCCUGCGUGGGGCAUAGGAAUGGCCAGUGAAAACCAUGUUGCAUGUUGCAAGUGUGUGAGAGGAGUAUGAGGCAGCAUUCAUAUUUGUGCUGAAAUGUGACAAUUUAUUGGUAUUAUGGGUAUGUGGGCAGCAGUACAUUACUUUUGCAAAAACAAUACUUAAACCCCUAAAUGUUUUGUCAAAGUGAACAAAUUGUUUUGGAAAAACAAAUUGUUUUGGCACUUACGAACUGUGCCAGAUGAACAAUAGUUGGAUUUCUAACCAAUCACUUGCAAACAAUUGUUAUCCUUUCUUCAUGAGAGCCUUGAUAUUUCAUAUUCUCAUUCUGACUGCUAGAAUGAUUUAAAUAUGAAAACGUCAUGUUUCAGAGCCAAUAGAAUAAUUGAAAUGUUAAUGGACAUGACCUCCAACCCCUGCCAGAAGAAUUCAUUAGGCUCCAAACCUAUCUUUGAAAAAACGGUUCUCAAAUCAGUCUUCAUUAGUUUGCUCUAGUGAGCAUAUGGAUAGUGAGCAAAGACCAGAACCACACCAAAAAGAAAAACAACUGACAAGUGGCAAAAAUUUGGAAAUAUUCAUUGCAAACAUGAUGCAAAGUAAACACUAAAUUAAAUAGAUAAUGAAUGCAAUAUAAUAGAUGAAACAAUUUCAGUGGGGCUACUACAAACAUUAAAUAGGGGAAAAUAUAUAGCUAGUUGCAUGAACUGCUUAAGUUAAGAUUAAAAUGACAUGUAGGAGAUAGAUGUAAAGACUCUGUGGAACAAUGAGUAAAUAAAUUAUUGGAAAUUGAGAAAAUAUUAAUCAAAACAUCCUUAUCUAAUAGACUUUCUUGGGUGAGGUCUACUGUUUUACAUUAGAAGAUUCCUGAGCAAAUGUAGUCCCCGAGGAUCAGUAAGAAUUAAAAAGGAAACAGAAAAAAAGGGAAAAAACUGAAGAAAACUAGCCUCUUUGAGACCUGACCUGGAAGGAGUCCAGGUCUCCUCAUAGCAAACAAACAAGUGUGCCCAAUAAAAGCAUAGAUUGAUUCUUCAUUUCUCCAAAAAAACCAAACCACUGUUCCUGCCUUCAUAGAAGGUGGGUUUGGAGAGGAAAAUGUCACUGGAGGAAAAUCCCAUGUGAACUAGAAUUUGUAAGAUAAAGGCCAAGAGAGAGAAGAAGGCCCUUCCCCUAAAAUAAAAAAAAUCGUUUUAAAUCUGGUUCUCAUUGGUUACAUCCUCAAAUAAUUUUAUUCAUUAAAAAUUAAUCCUCCAUCAAUCUGUGACUUACACCAAGAUUUUGAGUCUUUUUUGUUCCUCCUCUUUUAAUUACCCAAAGAAAGGCUUCAAUUUUUAAACAGGAAAAUGAUGUUGUUUUUAAAAAGGAAAAACAAUCUACUAAUGUAACAUACAUACUUUGACAUCAAUGUCUUGGAAACUUGGAAAACCCAAUCUUACAGCACUAAAACAACAAAGGAAGAGCAAGAAGAGCAGAUUUUUUAAAAUUUAAAAUGCCUCAUUGCAGCAGGAAACGGCAUCUCUUCCUUCAUUUACUUCCUCUUCUAAUUUUCUCUGUAAAUUUGUGUUAUUUUAUUUUGGUCCAUUCUGCACUGAUUGACACCUUCGCUGCCCUCCAGCAGAGCCUAUGAUCUGGUUAUGUUUGCUUUUGGUAGCAUUCCACCCCCCACCCCCCCACUGAUGGGCAUGAAUGUCUUGUUGAGGGACAUAGAAUGGACAUACAUGUAUCCAACCAUUGCCAGCAUUUCCACCAGGCACACCAAAACCACUCAUGCCACCUACCAAGUGACAUUGUGAGAGCAAGCCUCCUUGGUGCUUGAUACUGACGCCAAGAUUUCCAACCAUCACAAACUUUGGCUUUUCUCUACUUUGGUUCCAUUCAUUUUGUUGUUGACAGCAGACUGUCUUUUCAGACUAAGAGGUCACUGGAACAACUAGUUUCCUCUGAUAUGGCUACAACACCACACCUUAGGGACUUGACCCACUCUCAAAUUUGAGCAUGGCAGUUACUACUUCAGUACUGAUGGUGGGUGUGGAAAAUACCACACAUUUGGUUCCUCAACAUCAAAUGGGGUCUUGACCUGGUUCAUCAGCAGUAGAAAUCCAAAGCUACUGUUCUGGUGCUUCAGAACCUAAGAAAGAAGAUAAAGGGAUAAGUUUGCAUCUCAGGAAUAUUUCUAUCUAAGUCUAUGCAUGAACCCCAAAUUUCAUUUUCCUCUCAGCCAGUCCUAGAUAGGCUAAGUCUGAUCUGGCCUUGUUUGGUCCCCAGUCAUAUACAUGUUGCAUUAUAAGGACUCAGUUGAAGUCUAGGUCAUCAGGUUGAUGUACGAAAGGGGGAUCAGGGAUUAUAUAACCCCCAGACAGAACGAUACUCUCUUGUCAUUCUGACUCUCUUGUAUUUGAGAUUGGUGUUUGCUCUCUCUUUGGCAUAGUUGUAUACCACAUUUUGCUUGUAGCUUUCUGGGAUCAAACAUCCAGAGACUAUUUACAGUCACUAUAAUACUUGAGAAAGUAUCUGUGGGAUCCCAUAAUCAAGAAGUCCCAUUGGUAUCAGUACUUUUGCUCCCUGCCAUACCAUUAACACUGCAGCUCAUCAGUGGAUUUUUGUAGAUACAUCCAAGGCAUGAACCAUUUUUUUGUCAGGGAUGGGGACACUUAGCACCAUAAUAUCAUUACAGGAGCAGAUAUCCUUUGGGCCACAGGGAGUUAAUAUAAAUCUUUCAAUACGAGAUCUGUUGUCUGACAAAUCUAUGCCUCCCAACAUAGGGUGGAUUGUAGGCCAUGGCAGGUGCUGUUGCCCUCUGCUUGUAUACUUUGCUAAACUAAGUGCGGCAUAACCAGGAUGCCUGAUCCCACACUGAAGGCCUGCCUUUCAGUGGGAAGGGACUCAUCAGUUCUAAAACUAAUGACAUUCUGUACCGAAUUGCCAUACCUAGGCCCACAGUGUUCCAUUUGCCCUUGUCAUGGAGGUUUCUCCAGAUGUCCUGCAUCUCAAUCAACAGAGGCACAUUUCUCCUGUUAGUAAUCUUCACUUUGAUCCAAGAGGUUGUUCCCAUCUGUGAAGUUCAGUUAUCUAACCAUCCCAGGGCAGCAGAUAUCCCAGUCAUCUGUUUUGACUUGUGACAUGUCAUAGUUGGAAGCUAUAACCACCAGUGUUUAGGACCAGACUCUGGCACGUCUGCUUGGUGUGGCAUACUGUCACCAUCGUUCACAUUCAAUAUUUAGUUGCGUUUUUCUUGCCUCCUGGAGAUGACAUUUCCUGUUCAAAACCUUUGUCUCCUCUUAAGAGAGAUGGAUCAGAACCCUCCUCUGAAAGGAGACAGACACUUCAAGGCUUCUGUUCAAAGUGUUUCACUAUCCUGAGAAAGGUAGAUGCCUCUAGACAGUUGUAGACCUUCUUGACAUAAUUCCUUCAUGAGACCAAGGAAAUUCAGGAUUGCCAGCAUCCUUCCAUUCGUUUAUGUUGGGAAUUUGUUUGUACCCAUAGACUUGAAUAUAUGUACAGCCACAUAGUGAUCUGACACAAACAUCACACCCUACACUUUGCUCAGGAAGACCAUUGCUUCCAACUCCUCCCAUUUCUACUGGCCAUGGCCCCCAGAGUACUCAUAGAAUGUGUGACUUCUUCCCGCAUGCUAUUUAGAUGGUUCUGCACAUCUGGCUUCUAGCAUACCUCAAAACCUUAUUGUAUUGGCUACCAGUGUAGUUGCUGGACCUGCUCCCACAGGCAGCUGCCAAAGUGCCUAGGAUCAGUGACUUCAACCGUGUCACCUCUUCAUCUGUUUGAAGAGGCACCUUCUUUAGCACUGGCUCCUGGAUGUGUUCCAGCAGGGGGUGGACUCCCAUGCCAAGUGUCUUCUUCCACCUUUGGGAGUUCAGUGCUCAUUGUGCUGAAUGCAGAUGAUCGCCUUGUACUGCUCUUUCACCCCUCAGUCCUUGAUUGCUGUCGUUGCUGCAAACACUCACUUUUGUGUGGGUUGGGGGCACAUUGUGGGACUUAUGGUCAAGGCUAUGUGUUCCUGAGUAGAAUCAAGGCUUCUCAUACAUUCCCCUGAACUGCUGGCCAUCACCAGAGUCAGCAGGUUCUCCUCUUGGAGUCAUACCAUCCAAGUGGCCUCUGACAGUGUUCUACACAAACAAGCAAACUGGCACUGGUUUAAGGAUUCCCCUGCCCUUACACUGGAGUUGAGGAACUGGUGUGUACCUAAUGUCAUUCCUGUGGUGAUUCAUAUUGAUGUGAAAGAAACUGACCCAGCAGACCACCUGAACCACACUUCAUUACUCUGGCAGGUGGACCCUUGUGCUUUCCACUACCUAUUCCAUUACUAGGAGAUGCUGUAAGUAGAGGUUUUUGCCACCUUCACCAACAGGUAGUGCUGAUAGUUCUGCAGCCAGAAGGACAUGUACAGGAGACGUCUGGUGGUGUUCCUCUUGAAUAACUAGUGAUGGGUCAACAAAUUAUCGCUUGCCUUAAGAACCACCUUUCUACUAAUCAGCUGUAACAUAUAGCCACAUCAUGAUAGUGCGACAAUAUUUAUACAAUUACCAGCACAGAUAUUACCUGAUGGCAGUUACUUAACUCAGUUUGUGAUUUAGGGGUGGGUAACCUUUCUUCUGUCUUGGUGCUAGGGACCGUACUCAAGUGGUAGUCUUGACCAAGACAAAGGUAGGUGUGGCUGUUCAGCUGUUCCCAAUCACAAGGGCAGCAAUGGGACAGAAUGAGAUCUCCAGGGCCUCCUAGUUUUCCUUUGAGAUCCACAGCUUCAUGGUGUUCCAGGAACCUUGAGGUAGUAGAUCCCAGCAUAUCCGGCUCCCCUCACCUUUUGUGACAGAAACGGCAAGGGAUGCAGAACCCCCACUGGGAACAAUCACUUGAAGGUGCUCUGGAUACCUUCCCUUGUCCUUGUCCUUUGCCUUUCCCAAGUAGUUUCAAGCCCCUAGGAGAGCAGUGGUCCAAAACAUCCCGUUUGGACCUAUUGAGGAGGCUGGUUCUGGCCCAUUGGCUGCUGGCUCCCUGGGGCUUAAUUCUGACUAAACAGCAAGAAUCUUAAUGUGAUUGUGUUGCCAGUUACAUAGAUUGAUGAGCAUAUGAAUCAUUCAUGUGAUUUAUUUGACAGCUGGUAUUAAUUCCACAGUUUUUGACAUCCCCCCACCCUUUCAACUAUUUAGGAUUUUUAUUCCAUUAAACUAAAAAGAAUUAUGGCACAACUGCAGUUGUUUCUAUACUUAACUUGGGGGUAAGCUCCUUUGAGCUCUGUGCUGCUUCUGAACAUGUAGGUUAACUAGCAAAACAUAUUGAGCUUUAAAAAGCCUACUGAAAUGCAACCUUUCGUUUUUAAUUAGAAAUGGAAACAAUCUGACAAAGAAUUGUUAGCAUUUACACUGUUAGCCUGAACUUCCCCAGUUAGGAGAAACCCUUCUCAGUUCUCUGGUAGGCUGCAAAGGUUGCAGACUGAAAAAGGAUGAAGCUCCACCUAUUCACUCUCCAAGUUUGUUGUUAAUCAGAGUUCUCUGCAUUCUCCAUUCAAUCUGUGCUGGUAAAACAACUGAACAAGUGAUCUCCUACAGAAAGACUGACUGUGCUUCCUCAAACUCAACACUUUUUGAAUCUGAGCUAAUCCGCCACGAACAAGCCAGUUGUGGGAGGCCAUGGCCAUAAUUACCCAGGCAAUUAUGGCCCUCUUCUUAGAACAGCCUAGUCCAGUAUGAGCUUCCUCUUUUCAUCUGCAAUGAGAGCCCCAAGAAUGUAGCUGUGAACUGGCAUAGAACUUUGGUGGUCAGUGUGGUAAGAAACUUUUCACUCACUAGAUGGACAUGGUAUGUGCCACAAAAUGGUCUAGCUGCCACUGUGCCAGAAACUUACCUGCUUCACUGGACAACGUAGAUUUGGGAAAAGGUUUGGGGCACAUCAACAGAGUUUCAAGGGCUCGUCAUACAGCUCUUCAGAGUCUUAGGCAGCUUUCGCACUUCCUGCUUUCCGGCCCUUAAAAAAGCCACAGCAAAUGGCAUUUUAUCACUUGCCUAUCGUGGCUUCCCAGUACGGAUUUAGAUAAUUAUCGUGGGCUUGAUAUUAAAACCAAAAUGGUAACCUUUGUGGUUUGUGUUACUGUGUUUUGCCAAAUAGCCAACACCUUGAACUAUUGUGCAGCUUAGUUUACUUUGGUGUAUCAAUCAACAAACAUCUGCCAAGAAAGCUGUACUUACCCCACAUACCUAAUGCUUGUCUGCUUGGACAAGCAGUUAAGGUGACCAAUAGAAAUUGUGAUGCCACUUUGCAAACCAGGCAGAUUCCAAGACCAUCACAAAAACAGUAGGCAACAUCUGAGAUGACAAAAAUCCACACUGGUUAAAUAGUUUUGUGGUGAAUUAAACCAGGCAUCCCCAAACUGCGGCCCUCCAGAUGUUUUGGCCUACAACUCUCAUGAUCCGUAGCUAACAGGACCAGUGGUCAGGGAAGAUGGGAAUCGUAGUCCCAAACAUCUGGAGGGCCGAAGCGGGGAUGCCUGAAUUAAACACUUGAGAUUGUAGUGCUGCUCCUCAUGGGCCUAGAGCACCAUGCAAGAUACAAGAGACCUGCCCCAGUCAUUCCGAUGUGAGGAAACCAAGUUUUUCUGCUCAAGCUAAUGUCUCAUCUGAUUUACAAAGGCAGGCUGAAAUCUGUGUCCUAAGCUCAUUCUUAACCAUUGUCUUGGCAAAGCAUUCACAUGGUUUAAUAGCAACUGUGGGGAAUACACUUUUGCUGCUGAUGGUCUUUGGUGGAUGCUGAGAGGGCAUUUGACAAGUUCACUCAGGGCUACUUUAUUUGAAGCACAUCCGGUCAUAAACAACUUGAAUAACAGUACUAUCUGAAGAAGUGUGCAUGCACAUGAGAGCUCAUACCAAUGACAAACUUAGUUGGUCUCUAAGGUGCUACUGGAAGGAUUUUUUAAAAUUUUGUUUCGACUACAGCAGACCAACACAGCUACCUACCUGUAACUAGUACUAUGUUUGGUCAGAAAUGAGGUAUGACAGCAGACCAGCUCCACUGCCAACCCCCACUUGAUUUAGCAUGGUCCCCAAAUCUCUUGUUAACCUUAUCUGAGAGUGCAGCACAUCAAAUUCCCUUUCAAAUAUCUGAAGUGAGGUGCGGGGCAACACCUAUGCCAGGGCUGGGGAACGUCUGGGUUGUGGGCCUAAUCGGGUCUGCUAACCAGUUCCGUGAAACCGCACAUACCUGCCCAACACCUCCCAUCAUAUGUGAUGUCAGAUAUGGGACAGAUAGGGACAUAUCGUGUGCACCUGGGGGUUUAUGGGCAGUGCAGGCUUGCUGUCACCCUUGUAGUGAGAGCAAAGGCACCAGCACCAGCUGCAUUAGAGAGUCCCCCAUAGGGAAUUCAUAGCACAGCUAUGCCUUGCCAAACCAGGACUUGAGCUUCAAGCCUUGCUUGGCUUUCCCUUUGUAGCUCAGUUUGCUCUGCUGCAGAGGAAUGUCAGGGUGCUCUCCCACAGGCCAAAUGCAGUUCCACACCCAAUCAUAGCCAAAAGGUUCGAACCACUUGGGAAACCAUGUAGACUAAAACAUACACAUGUGCUUUAAGCACAGCAAGAAAAGGAUAGAGCUGCAUUUUAAUCUGCAUUUAGAAUAAUGGGAAGCCUUAUUCUAGCAACGAUGUGCUAGCUCUUUAGGUCACUUACUAAUUUCCUCCUCUUUUUGUUUUUGUUUUUAAUCUUUCUGACAGGAGGUUGUACUAUAAUUCAAAAUAAGAGGUGGGGAAGCAGAUGGGAGGCCAAAAAUUCAAGUUUAAAUUUAAAUUCAUGCUCAGUGGUGAUAGCUAAUGCAGUUGUUAUAUGUAACAUCUGUUGAAAGAGCUGCUGACACUUUAAAAAGGUAUCAGAAGUUUAAAGGUGAGAAAUCUUCUACUUAAUAUGUUCCCCCCCUUUAUACUAGGAGAACUGAACUGGCUUUGAAAUAAAAAUAGGACCAGGUGUUCCUAUUUUCCCCCAUGCUGUUCAAUCCUUGUUCCAUUUAUCCCUGCUAGUUCUUUCUAUAAAUGAUGUGAACAAGACGUCUCUCUAAUAUUAUAGGAAAACAUGUGAGCUUGUACAAAAAAACACUGAUAGAAAUGCCUACUGCACCUUUUCCCCCUUACAAUCUUAACCUUCACCUAGUGCUGCUGGAGUGAGAAAUUUGCACAGAUUGUGAAAAGGAAACACAAACAGUAUUCUGGACCAGACUUCAGUUGACUUGUGAUACCUCAAUCUAAUACACUGUCUAUGUCAGUGGUUCCCAACAGGUGGUCCAGGGACCCCCAGGGGUCCGCGAGCUAUGCCAGAGGGGUCCGCAAGAUGCUAUUAGAAUAAAAUAUAUAUUAAAUAUAUUUCGUAUAACAGAUUUUUUGUUUUGGUCGCUUCCUGCAUGAGCAGAGUCUAGCGCAAAACUAGAAUUAGAUAGAGGCAGUAGUUCGGCUGUAUGCCAUUAGGUGGCGCUUUACAAACACUACUGUUUUGCAAAGAGGCAGCGCGCGCAUUCUACUAACGCUCACCUCCCCAAGAUGCUUUGCGCGCGUCGGCUUCAUUUGUGUGCUACUGCGCAAGUACCCUGUCUUCUCCAUUCCCCUCCCUCCUCCCUGGCGCGCGCUGCCUCUUUGCAAAACAGUAGUGUUUGUAAACAAAGCAAGCAUUUUCUUCCAUGUGUUUCAUGAAAAACAAAUAUAGGAAUCGGCUCGACAUGCGGUUGGAUUUCAGAGUGAAAGUUUCAAGUUUGGAACCUAAUAUUUCAGAAAUAAUGGACUCAAAGGACAGAUUUAACUUAUCUCAUUAAGAACUGAAAAUUAAAACUAACUGUAUACUGAUGGAGUACUCUGUUGUAACUGUAAAAAACGUAUAAAUAUAAAAUAUAAAAAGACUCUUAAUUUGGCUCUCACUUUUUAAUUUUAGGAUUAGGAAUUAAUGGGGGUCCUUGUCACAAUAGCAGCUCGAUGAGGGGUCCUCAAGAAAAUUUUGUUGGGAACCCCUGGUCUAUGUCACAGGUGGGGAAACAAGAUCCAACCAGGAGACCACAUCCUGAGCUCCACCAAUUCCCACCCCCAUUUUGUGUCAAUCUCUUGAGGCACUGUGACCUUUGGCUGAUUGGCACUUACAGCAAGCCCUGCUUUGGGCAAGGAUCAGAUGCUCUACAGAGUUCCCAGCAGGGCUUGACAAGAGGCUGUGCUGUCAGCACCAUAUCCUUGUCUACCUGCUGGGAGCAAGGCUGCAGCAGGGAGUUGACAACUCGGAAGUCUGUAGUGCAGCUAAUCCCUGCAGAAUUUAUCUUCUUUGGGAACCCACAUGCUUGCAUGGCCUUGCUAAGGCAAGGCUUAGUGUGUCAUGCAAGCCAAUGUUCUACACUUGCAGUGAGCAGUAAGCACCCAAGUGUUCAAUGGAAUUUCCUCCAGAAACUACAUAGGAUUGCAGUCAUUCUGAGCCUCAAAAAUAGGUAUUAUGCUAUGUACUCUUGUGUGUUCUUAUCUCUAUAUGUCUAUCUGUCUAUCUGUCUAUCUGUCUAUCUGUCUAUCUGUCUAUCUGUCUAUCUAUCUAUCUAUCUAUCUAUCUAUCUAUCUAUCUAUCUAUCUAUCUAUCUAUCAUCUAUCUAUCUAUCUAUCUAUCUGGAGGAGGGCAAAUGUUGUCCCUAUUUUCAAAAAGGGGAAAAGAGAGGACCCAAACAAUUACCGCCCAGUCAGCCUGACAUCAAUACCAGGAAAGAUUCUAGAGCAGAUCAUUAAGCAAACAGUCUGUGAGCACCUAGAAAGGAACGCUGUGAUCACUAAAAGUCAGCAUGGGUUCCUGAAAAAUAAGUCAUGUCAGACUAAUCUGAUCUCAUUUUUUGACAGAAUUACAAGCCUGGUAGAUGAAGGGAACGCUGUGGAUGUAGCCUAUCUUGAUUUCAGCAAGGCCUUUGACAAGGUGCCCCAUGAUAUUCUUGUAAAGAAGCUGGUAAAAUGUGGGCUAGACAAUGCUACCAUUCAGUGGAUUUGUAACUGGCUUACUGACCGAACCCAAAGGGUGCUCAUCAAUGGCUCCUCCUCAUCCUGGAGAGUAGUGACUAGUGGGGUGCCACAGGGUUCUGUCUUGGGCCCAGUCUUGUUCAACAUCUUUAUCAAUGACUUGGAUGAUGGGCUUGAGGGCAUCCUGAGCAAGUUUGCAGAUGACACCAAAUUGGGAGGGGUGGCUAACACCCCAGAGGACAGGAUCACACUUCAGAAUGACCUUAACAGAUUAGACAACUGGGCCAAAGCAAACAAGAUGAAUUUUAACAAGGAGAAAUGUAAAGUACUACACUUGGGCCAAAAAAAUGAA